UAAACAAACGAAUGUUUAGUGUAUUUGAAGUGUAACUAUUCAUCAUGUAUACAUGUAUAUCUGAGGUGCUUUAAAAAAGGGAUAGCUGUGGCGUUUUUUUUUUGCAAAGAUUCCUUGCGGUGAGAUGAGAAAAAAUGGAGAUAUAUAAUUAUUUGUGAUAUGUGAUCCGAUAAUAAAACUUUAUAGAUAGAUAAAUCGGUAAACAAAUUGAGACGUUUAUGCAAUGAUUGACGUUCGGUCUAUGGAAUUGUGUCAUUAAACAAAUAUAUUAACACUAUGUGGACUCGUCUGUUACACUUAACUUUUAAAACGAGGUUUAUAGUCUCUAAACAAAAGUUUGAUAUUUAAUUGUGCAAAAAUAAUUAAAUAAAAAUAAUUUGAAACCAACAAAAACUUGCAAAAAUGUCUGACAGUCCAAGGAAUCUUAAAAGACGGAUGUCGAGUCUUAAACAGUGGCAAGAAGGACUGGAGGAACUACUUUCUUCCGGGAUGGAGGACUUUGAGGAGAAGUUGUUUACAUUCCUGUGCGAUCAAAAUGAGCUUGUAUCGAUGGACAGAUUUAAAAAUCUUUUGGAGGAAACCGGCUUAAGAGAUAAUGACUUCCGGUUGAAUGAGACAAUGAAAAAAUUCCGUGCUGUUCUAGAGAGGCAGUUGCACGAUGAGCACGAGCUAAGAGGGAUGAUGGACAAGGACACCUUUUUAGACUGUGUAUCGGACAAUAUUGUUGUAAUAUCAAAGGCACUCACAAGCCAGUUUGUUAUCCCAGAGUUUCGGACAUUCACUGAUAUAAUAGAUAAGAUAUUUAAGAAAUGCGAAGGCAACGAGAAAGGAACCCCUGCACAAUAUAUCCCGCAGUUGGCCAGAGGUAAUCCAAAACAUUGGGGUGUUUCAAUAUGUACAGUAGAUGGACAGAGAUUCGUAAACAAGUUUGUUGGGAAGGAGCCUAGUGGAAGAUCUUUCAACGAACUCACAUUGGACUAUCAAAAAAGCCCCAAUCCAAAUGAAUUAACUCGGUGCCAUCGAGUGGACCCUCCUCAUUUAAAGAAAGGCUUGGUUUUAUCGCCCGACAGAUUUGAUAUUAAAGUCGGACUUCCAUCCAAAUCUGGGGUGGCUGGAGGUGUUUUGUUAGUUAUACCAAAUCUCAUGGGAAUAUUUACCUGGUCCCCGCCGCUAGAUCAGUGGGGGUGA